AUAUUCCCAAACUUCAAGUCUCCAACAAGUGUUUUGUCUCAAAACAAAAUGGAUUUUGGGAGAAAAACAUGUGAAUGUAUUGCCAAAAGGUUAGUUGUGAAUGGCAAAGUUGCAGUCAUUACUGGUGGGGCAAGAGGGAUAGGGGCUGAAACAGCAAGGCUACUGGCCAAGAACGGCGCUGAUGUCAUCAUCGCCGACAUACUGGACGACCUAGGGGCCCCACUCGCAGAAUCCAUCGGGGGGCGAUACAUCCACUGCGACGUUUCCAAGGAAUCUGACGUCGAAUCCGCCGUCAAGCUCGCGCUAGAAUGUAGGGGGAGGCUAGACAUCAUGUUCAACAACGCCGGGGUCGCGGGUCCCAGCGGGAGCAUCAUGAACCUCAAAAUGGACAAGCUGGCGAGCCUCCUUGCCGUGAACCUCAACGGGGUGGUCCACGGCAUCAAGCACGCGGCGCGAGCCAUGGUGGCGGCCGGCGACAGCGGAGGAACGAUCAUAUGCUCCUCCAGCUCGGCCGCCGUCAUGGGCGGCCUGGCCUCGCACCCGUACUCCUUGUCAAAGUCAGCCAUCCUGGGGCUGGUGAGGAGUGCGGCGUGCGAGCUGGGGCAACACGGGAUCCGGGUGAACUGCGUUUCGCCACAUGGCAUCCCCUCGGAGAUGCUUCUGAGCGCGUUCCGGAGGUUUCUCGGGAAGGCGGACGUGGAGGCGGAGGAAGUGGGGGAAAUCGUCGGAGAACGGGGGAGCCUCUUGGUUGGGAGAGGGGGGACAAUGGAAGAUGUGGCACAAGCUGUGCUGUUUCUGGCUAGUGAGGAUUCUGGGUUCAUCACAGGACACAAUCUUGUAUUGGAUGGGGGGUUUACUUCAGCUGUUAAUCAAAUGAGUUUCAUAUACCAAGAUUGAUAACAAUUCAAGUGCUAAUAUCUGGUUAACAAUGGGUUUGUCAAGAAAUAUCAAAUGAUUUUUUUUCUUCAGGAAAUAGAGAAUAGAAAAUCCAAAUAAAAUUUAUUUUCUUACAACAGAGGUACUUCAGUACUAAGAUGAUAUAUACAAUAAGCCAAGAGUAUGCUCUCUCAUAAUGGCUUGGCUUCUUAAAGAUACAAACAUUAAGGCAAGAAAAGGCGUGUUAGCUU